UGCAACGCUCUAUAACUAACUAUAAAUAAAUAAAUGUUUUAUAUAUACGAGUAGAAAAUCAGUUAUAAAUUAUUUUAAAUUUAUUUCUAUAAAUAUAUGUAUCUCUCCUCAACUCAAGUACUUUCCUUCCCCCCAUAUAAAUAGGGUCCUUACAUAAUCACUCACCACAUUUAUAUAUCAAACACAUAUAUAAGACUCCCUAUAUAUAUAUAUAUAUCCACAUAUAUUAUAUAUCAUAUUAAUUAUUAUUAAAAUAUGGAUCAUAUAUUUGAUAGAGUAGUUUAUGGUGUGAAGCUAAUAAUAUUAAUACUCUCAUUUGCUUGUUCUUCAUCAUCAUCAUCAUCAAUUUCUAAUUAUAAUAAUGAUUAUUAUUAUUAUAUGAACUCUUUGAUUGGAAAAUCAAAACAAGAACACCGUAACUUCACAGCCAUAUCAGAUUUUCGAUUAGUGAAUCGGAGAAUUCUCAACGAUUGCGUCGAUUUAAAUCCAUACCAGAGGAUUAGUGUGGCUUCUAAUUCUAAUCUUGGAGAUGAUCAAAUCGUCACCGUCACCGUCUCCGGCGUCUUAUUCCCUUCCGAUGACGAUUGGGUCGCCAUGAUAUCUCCUUCUCAUGCCAAGGUAAAUGCUUGCCCAUUUAUUGGGAUUAAUUAUGCACAGACGGGUGAUUUUACCAAUCUUCCUCUUCUUUGUCAUUAUCCUGUUAAGUCAAUUUUCUUAAAGAAAGAUCCAGACUACCUAAGCUGCAAAAAGAAAGAAUGUAAUAAACAAGGUAAGGGAGGAAAAUGCGAGGUUACGACAUGCAGCGCGACCGUAUCUUUUCACGUCAUCAACAUAAGAACCGACAUUUCCUUCGUAUUCUUUGGUGGCGGCUUCGACACACCUUGCACUCUUGCUAGGACAAGUCCUCUCCCCUUUCUCAACCCCAACAUGCCAUUACAUGCACAUCUUAACAGCAUAGAUUCCACAUCAACAUCUAUGAGAGUGACAUGGGUUAGUGGAGAUAAUAAACCUCAACAAGUACAAUAUGGAGAUGGGAAAACACAAACUUCACUAGUUACCACUUUUACUCAGAAAGAUAUGUGUAAAUCGGAUAUUCUAGUUAGCCCAGCAAAAGAUUUUGGGUGGCAUGACCCUGGCUUCAUUCAUUCAGCUGUAAUGAGUGGUCUUCUGCCUUUAACCAACUACACCUAUAGAUAUGGAAGUGAUUCAGUUGGUUGGAGUGAACAAAUUCAGUUCAAGACUCCACCAGAAGGAGGAUCAGAUGAACUUAAAUUUCUUGCAUUUGGUGAUAUGGGAAAAGCUCCUAAAGAUGCCUCUAUUGAGCAUUAUAUACAGCCAGGAUCAAUUUCAGUGACAGAUGCUAUGGGUGAAGAAGUUAAGGCUGGAAAUGUUGACUCAAUUUUCCAUAUUGGAGACAUAAGUUAUGCCACUGGCUUUCUUGUUGAAUGGGAUUUCUUCCUUCAUCAAAUCUUUCCUGUUGCUUCUCGAGUUUCGUACAUGACUGCUAUCGGAAACCAUGAGAGGGACUAUAUGGAUUCAGGGUCAGUAUAUGUUACACCAGAUUCAGGUGGAGAAUGUGGGGUUCCUUAUGAGACAUAUUUUCAAAUGCCAACACUUGCCAAGGAUAAGCCUUGGUACUCCAUUGAACAAGGCACUGUUCAUUUCACUGUUAUAUCAACUGAGCAUAAUUGGAAAAAAAAUUCUGAACAGUACCUAUGGAUGAAAAAGGACAUGGCUUCUAUCAAUAGAGCUAAAACUCCUUGGCUAAUAUUUAUGGGGCACAGACCAAUGUACACUUCCUCAACAGGACUUUUUAGUGUUGAUACAGAUUUUGCUAAAGAAGUUGAACCCUUAUUAUUAGCCAACAAAGUUGAUUUGGUUCUGUUUGGACAUGUACAUAACUAUGAGAGGACUUGUUCUGUUUACAAAAAUUCUUGUUUGGCUAUGCCUAAUAAAGAUCAAAGUGGUGUUGAUACAUAUGAUCAUAAUAAUUAUAGUGCACCAGUUCAUGCAGUUAUUGGUAUGGCUGGCUUCUCUCUUGACAAGUUCCCUAAUGAUGUGAAGAGUUGGAGUUUAAGAAGGAUUUCAGAGUUUGGCUACCUUAGAGCUCAUGCAACUAAGCAAGAUAUAACCUUAGAGUUUGUAAACACAGGUAGUAGAAAAAUUGAAGAUAGCUUUCGAAUUAUCAAGAAACAACAAGACCAAUUGAAUAAUAGAAAAAUAAAGAAUAAAUAGAGGACAAAAUGAUCUCUUAUUAUGAACAUAAAUAAAUACUUCUUUUUUAUUGUUAUUUACAGAAUGUAAUUAAUCUUAUUUUAUAUAAUUUAUAUAGAUAGACAUUUUUGUAACUGCUAUUUUUUUGGCAACUGUCAAACAUUAAUUAUUAAUGUAUUGUUUUUUAUACUCUUUUAUUAUAA